AAAUGCAUAUGUGUUGGCGAAAUUGAGACACUAGAAAAAAAUAGGAGUAAUACUUUAUGAAUUAUACAAAAAAAUUUCCUUUCAAAAAUUAAAAUAAAAAAUUGCACAAAUAAAUUAACAAAAAACAAAAAUACAACGAGUGAGUCAAGGAAAAUGAUUAAGCAAAUAUGCUAUACGGUUUCAGACAGGCUGUUUCAGAAUUAUUAGUUUUCAAACCAGAAGAAAUCGAACAUAAUUUCCCCUCAUUCCCAUACUACCCUUCUCAUGUUUCCCAAACUCCAUACCAAGCCCGUAAUUAAACCCAUUUUUCAAGGGUAAAACCGUCAAAACACCCAAAUUCCAUACCCCCACUACCUCCUUCAAAACAAUCAUCAACUCGAAAAAACACCUUCAUCUCUUUCUCUCUCCUCAAAAUCAGAUCUAAAACUCAAACCCUAGAAAAAAAUUCAUCCCCAAAUUUAGCAAUGGGGGAUUUCAAUCUAGCAUUGCUUCUCGUCGCCAUUAUCGUAACUGUGUUAGUCUUCGUCUUCAAUGUCUACCUUUUGAUCAAUUACCAGCACCCUGAUGAUGUUAAUCAAGCUUACUUCCCUAAAUUCGUCGUCGUUUUGGGGCUUUCUGUUGCUGUUAUCUCCAUUCUUAUGCUUCCUGCUGACGUCGCUAAUCGGCAUGCUUGUCGUCAUGCUCUCUACAAUGGCGCUUGUCAUUUGACGUUGCCGAUGAAGCAGCUUUGGCUUGCUAUUUAUAUUAUCGACGCUAUUCUUGUUUUCUUUGUGAUUCCCUUUGCUAUGUUUUACUAUGAGGGAGACCAGGACAAGAGUAUUGGAAAGCGGGUUAAAAGCGCGGCGAUCUGGGUGGGUGUUACUGCCGUCGUGUGCGGUCUUACAUUAGGAAUUCUAUAUGGUGUUGUUGGUAAGGUGGACUUUACUGUUCGACAUCUUUCUUCUAGCACAACUACAUUUCCCGGCUCAUGGAAUGGAAUUGUUUCUAGUUCCUCCCCAUGUAUUGGUAAUUCGCGGCAGUGCUCUGCAUAUUCUGCUAGCCCUUCAUCAGAGACUACAUGGACUAUGCGUACAACCUUCCCAGAAUACGUUGUUGCUCUUGCAACUGUUGCAGGAUCUGUUCUUUUCACGAUAUUUGGUGGUGCUGGUAUUGCUUGUCUACCUUUGGGGCUCAUAUUUGCAUUCUUUAGGCGUCCGAAAGCUGUUAUAACUCGCUCACAGUAUAUUAAGGAAGCUACUGAGCUUGGUAAAAAGGCAAGAGAAUUGAAGAAAACUGCCGAUGCUCUUCAUCAGGAGGAAAGAAGUGGCAGCAAGGGAAGGAAAUGGCGUAAAAAUGUGAAAGCAGUUGAGAAGGAGUUGCUAUUACUGGAAGAGGAUAUGAAUGCUUUGGAAGAAAUGUAUCCUCAAGGGGACAAGGCUGAGACUGCUUGGGCUUUUACUGUAUUGGGAUACUUGGCGAAGCUUAUAUUGGGAAUCUUAGGGUUGAUUGUUUCAGUGGCUUGGAUUGCACAUAUUUUAAUAUAUCUGAUAAUUAGGCCUCCUCUAUCUCCUUUCUUGAAUUAUAUCUUCAUCAAGUUGGAUGAUGUUUGGGGACUGCUCGGUACAGUGGCAUUUGCAUUCUUCUGUUUCUAUCUUCUUGUGGCAGUUGUUGCCGGAGCAACUAUGCUUGGUCUAAAAUUAGUUUUCAUCACCAUCCAUCCCAUGAAGUGGGGAGCGACUCUCAUGAAUUCCUUUUUGUUCAAUGUUGGUUUGAUUCUUCUUUGCUCUAUCAGUGUGAUCCAAUUCUGCGCCACUGCAUUUGCAUAUUAUGCCCAAGCAACUGCUGCUGGUGAAAUAUUUGGCCACACGUUGCAAUCUCUUCGUGGCAUCAAAUAUUUAUACAAGUAUAAUGUGUUUCAGAUUGCUUUUGUUGCAUUAGCUGUAUUGACAUUCCUCUACUAUGCGGCCUUUGGUUGGCGGAGGAAGAAAACUUCUGGCAGGAUACAGAUCUCCUCUUGAUAAUGUAUAUCAGCCACUUGAAGGUCUUGAAGUUGCAAAGAACUUAGUUUGUUCUUGUUCAGGAGUGCUUUGGCGUACGGUGUCACAAGACUCUGAAUCUGGUUGUGGUUUGAGCAAGUUGAGAGUGAUGCUGCAUUAUGGCCAACUAUAUUUACUCUUUAUUCUCAUUGUACGUAUUUUUCUUGUUUGAUUUGUGUAAAACCAACUCUAGGACUUGUAGAGAAAUUUUUUGGGGCACAGUGAGGCUGGGUGUGGGGUUGGUCGGGAGGGUACAAGCGUCAUGCUGUUGUAAUAUAAUUGUAUGGGAGAGUGUACGAUCGUCUAGUUGCAAUGUGACUUGUCCUUUUAGAUUCAUUUGUUGAUGAUUUUAUCCACUACAUUUUGUAUUAUUUGUCCACAAACGCUGAUUAAUGGUCAAUGCAAUUACUAACAAUUUUUUAAA